AUGCUUUAUCGGAAUAUAUUUGGCCGAUACUCAAGUUCAGGAAUUGGUAUCGAUAAGGUACUAAAAACGGUAUUGGAACAUCUCCACUCGCAUCGCUCUAACCCUUCGCGUCUCUCUGUGUCGCCCGCCCCCCCCCCCCUCCCCCACCAGGUCAUCAAAGCCGGGGUGGAGACCACCUGCAAGUGCCACGGGGUCUCGGGCUCGUGCACGGUGCAGACCUGCUGGAGGCAGCUGCUGCCCUUCCACGAGAUCGGCAAGCAGCUGAAGCAGCGCUACGAGACCUCGCUCAAGGUGGGCAGCUCCACCAACGAGGCCACCGGCGAGGGAGAGAUCUCCACCGGCCGGGGCCAGCAGCAGCAGCAGCAGCCCCAGCAGCAGCAGCAGCAGCAGCCGCCGCAGCCGCCGCCGCCGCCACCGCCGCCGCCGCCGCCGCCGCCGCCCCCGCCGCAGAGCCCCAGCGACCCCAUCCCCCGCACCAUGGACCUGCUCCACAUCGAGGACUCCCCCAGCUUCUGCCGGCCCAGCAAGUACUCGUCGGGCACGUCGGCGCGCAAGUGCUACAAGGACAAGAACUGCGACGCCAUCUGCUGUGGGCGGGGCCACAACACGCAGAGCCGCGAGGUCACGCGGCCCUGCCAGUGCCAGGUGCGCUGGUGCUGCUACGUGGAGUGUAAGCAGUGCACGCAGCGGGAGGAGGUGUACACCUGCAAAGGGUAGCCGGGGUUAGGCCCCGCCCCCCCUGGGUUCGGCCACGCCCCCUCCCCAUGGACAAAAGCUCAAGGACUGUCGGAGGAGGAAGAGGAGGAUGGGGACAGCGGCGGCUGUGUUUUUUUUUUUGGGGGGGGGGGGGUAAGGGGGGGGUCUGGAUUUUUUUAUUUCCCGCUUUCAACACGAAAGGAAAAUGCAUAAGCAUGACAGAGGCGGAGCUGAUUGAGAAGCAAUGAGCACUUUGACGGAUUUCUGUGGGUGGGCUUGGUUUCAAGUGUUCGUCCUGUGACACCAACCUACCCCCCCCCCCCCCACCCUCCCCCAUCCCCGCCCCCGCCCCCUCCCUCCGACACACACACACCUGGGGUUCUCAACACAAGACGGCCGUGCCCCGCCCUCCUUAGCAGACGACGGAGUCAACACUAACAGCUUUUGGAAAGACGGUUUCUGCUGCUCCUUCUUCCAGACGUCUGACUGGAGAAUCUGAGUCUGAAAGAAGUCUCGGCCCAUUCAACGGGCGGGGGGGGGGGGUUGGGGGGGUUGG